AUGCCAUCAUCUGCAGUUAUUCGAGUUCAACAGCAACAAGGAUUAGUUACUCAAAAUAAUCAUCCAAAUUUAAAUAGUGAAAAAAAUACAAUAAGCAUGUUUCGUUUAUUUCUUCGUGCGUUUGACUAUAUUUAUUUUAUAAACACAAAAAUCUUCUUUUAUUUUUUGUUAAUGUUCAAACGAUUAUUAAGAUUUUUUUUUGGGGUCUGGACAUUUAUAUUUGUUACUUUGCGUGGAUCAAAGAAAAAACUUAUUCAAUUUCAAUCUGUUAAAUAUUAUAAUUGUCCUCUUCAACCAUUAUCUCUUCAUAGAUUACAUUUUCUUCCUAAAAAAAUCUUAGUAUUAGAUUUGGAUGAAACAUUAAUACAUUCACAUCACGAUGGUCUUUCACGGGUUGUUACUGUUAAACCAACAGGACCACCUGAUUUUAUAGUUCGUGUUGAAAUUGAACGACAUCCAGUUCGAUUUUUCGUUUAUAAACGACCACAUGUGGAUUAUUUUCUUGAAACAGUGAGUCAAUGGUAUGACCUUGUUGUAUUUACAGCAUCUAUGGAAAUUUAUGGUGCAGCUGUAACUGAAAGAUUAGAUAAUAAUCGAAAUAUUCUUUCACGACGAUAUUUUAGACAACAUUGUACACUUGAAUUUGGCGCAUAUUCAAAAGAUUUAGCUGUUGUUAAUAAUGAUCUUUCACGGAUAUUUAUUUUAGACAAUAGUCCUAUUGCUUAUCGUUCUUAUCCAUUAAAUGCAAUACCCAUUAAGUCAUGGUUCUUUGAUCCAACAGAUACAUGUUUAUUAGCCUUACUUCCAUUUCUUGAUGCAUUAAGAUUUUGUCGUGAUGUUCGAUCAGUAUUAGGAAUGAACUUACAUUUACAUCAGAAUUUAAUGGUGACAAGUACAACUGGAUUCACUACACAAGUUGUUCCGUCAUCAGCGCGAUAA